AAGCAUGUACCACCGAGAAGACGAGGCAACAUGGCUCCCGGAGGUGGAAGAAAGAGGCUUCACCCCUUCUAAAGCGGGAAGAAGAGCGGCCGGAAAGGAGAAAAAAGAGAAGUGACUAGAGCCCAUCCUCGCUUUUAUCCUCCCAGCCUCUCCCGGGUCCCGUCUGCCUCACCCCUUCUCUCUACCCAAGUCCAAUUUGUGGUCUCCUCCCCUCUCCGCCCUCAUUCCCUCGCUUCCUCACCCCUCCCCUCGGGAAUCCUUUUCCCGCCCCCCCCGCCUCGCCCCCCGCGGAGUGCGCACGCGCCCGCCCCCAGCUUCGCGCCCAGAUCGUCGCCUAGCCUGCUCGCGCAGCCGCUGUCGCGUCUGCCCACCGACGAAGCAUGGGUGUCCAGGGCUUCCAAGAGUUCCUGGAGAAGCGCUGUCCCGGGGCCGUGGUGCCCGUGGACCUCCUCAAACUCGCGCGCACGGUCUCGCGCCAGCAGCAGCAGCAGCACUUGCACCGCCAGCUGCCGCCGACGGCAGCCCUAGCGCCUGGGGCUCCACGCGCCGCCAGGGGCUCCGUGCCUCUGCAACCGCCGCUUCCGCCCGCUGCCUUGGGUGCCUACUCCGGGGGCGCGGGGCCGACUCGGCACCAUCACCCCGCUCACCACUUCCACCAUCAUGGCCAGGCGCAGCCCGGGCUGCACCCUCCGCUGCCGCCGCCGCCCCCUCCGCUGCCCGGGGCCCGGGUGCUGGUGGACGCCGGCUCGGCGCUGCCGCGGCUCUAUGGCGGCUACCAGACGGAUUGGGUGUGUGGCGGCCAAUGGAACGCCAUGCUGGGCUACUUGUCAGCGCUGUGCCAGGCUUGUGCCUAUCCUGGCGGCGACGGCCUGGAGCUCGUGGUCAUGUUCCCGGGGGGCCUGGGCAAGGACCGGCUGGCCGAGUGGGGCCGUCGGUGCCAGGCCGAGCGGCAGACAGCGCAACUGAUCGUGGGACACGUGGGCAACAAGGGCACCCCUCCACCGCGGGCCUGGUUCCUGCCACCGGCCUGCCUGAGCCACUGCGUGAGGCUAGCACUCAUCCGCUUCCGGGUCAAGGUCUUUCAGAGCCUUGAAGACCACCAUUUGGAAGUGGUGGCGUUUUUCAGGGAAAAUGGCUUCCAUGGCCUUCUUGCCCAUGACUCCGAGUAUGCUCUCUACAAUAUUCCCUCUUACUACAGUUCCCAUGCUCUGAAACUGAGCUGGAAUGGGAAGAACCUCACUACCAACCAGUUCCUGAUGCAAGAAGUAGCCAAGCAGCUGGGCCUGAAGAGGAUGAAUUUCCCCAUAUUUGCUGCACUGCUAGGUAACCACAUCCUCCCAGAUGAGGACCUGGCUGCUUUUCACUGGAGCCUCUUGGGACCAGAACAUCCUCUUGCAUCACUUAAGGUUCGAGCUCAUCAGCUGGUUCUUCCUCCCUGUGACGUGGUGAUCAAGGCUGUUUCUGAGUAUGUCAGUUCCAUCAAAGAUCCCUCAAACCUGGAUGUAGUUGGGAAGGAUGUUUUCAAACAGUCUCAGUCCAGGACAGAAGAUAAAAUAGAGCGAUUCAAGAAAGCAGUUGAGUACUAUUCAGUCACAACCAAACUCUCUUCGCUGCCAGUGGGUACGUCCUUUCUAGGUUUUCGGAAUAAUAGGCUUGGAAAUCCUCCCCUUCCACGAAAUCAAGUGGGCACCAUUUCUGCUGGAAAGCCAAUGUUUUCUCAUCAAGUGCCCCAGAAAGUGAAAUAUCCACCACCAUUCCCAGUGGGACCCAACUCAUCUCUUCUCUUCUCCUCCCAUGCUUUGGGGGAAUCCCAUGCUUUUUCUGAGGAUCCCAUGCUGCAGAACAGCCCCUUUGCCAAUUGGGCUGUCUCCUAUGACUCUUCUGCAUCCCAGUUUCCCAAUUACCUGCCUUCUAAAGCCUCACCUCCUUUGGGACCAGACUCUUCCCACUCCUCUUCCUCUGAUGGUGAUGAGCCAAAUGGAGCUAGCUCUGAUCAUAUCACAGAAGCAUUUCAGCACCAGCCUGAGUGGGGAAAUCCCAAUCGUGACAGAGGGUCCUGGGCACAGCCUGUUGAUACUGGAGUUUCAGAAGCGAGCCUAGGUGAUGGUGAGCCCCACAUCCCAUCUCUGCUGUCUAUGUCUACGAGGAACCACAUGGAUAUCACCAUUCCACCCUUACCUCCAGUAGCUCCGGAAGUCUUGAGAGUUGCUGAACACAGACACCGGAGGGGUCUUAUGUACCCAUAUAUCUACCACGUCCUCACUAAGGGUGAAAUUAAGAUCCCCGUAUGUAUUGAGGAUGAGUGUAACAUGGAGCUGCCUCCAGCUGCUCUCUUAUUCCGCUCAGCUCGUCAAUAUGUAUAUGGAGUUCUUUUUAGUCUGGCAGAGACACAGAGGAAAAUGGAACGCUUGGCCAUGCGACGGCGGCUGCCUGUGGAAGUUCCUUCAGUGAUCCUUAAAGAGUGGUCUGCCUAUAAAGGGAAGUCACCUCAAACCCCUGAGCUGGUGUCUGCACUGACAUUUCGGGAAUGGACUUGCCCAAACCUCAAGAAGCUCUGGCUAGGCAAAGCAGUUGAAGACAAGAACAGAAGGAUGCGGGCCUUCCUGGCCUGUAUGAAGUCGGACACGCCCAGUAUGCUCAAUCCAGCUAAUGUCCCCACCCAUCUGCUGCUCAUGUGUUGUGUACUCCGGUACAUGGUUCAGUGGCCUGGUGGCCGAAUCCUGCAUCGCCAUGAGCUAGACACCUUCCUUGCACAGGCAGUGUCUACCCAGCUUUAUGAACCAGAUCGACUCCAAGAACUCAAGAUUGAGAAACUGGAUGCCCGAGGGAUCCAGCUUGCUGCCCUCUUCAUGAGUGGAGUCGACACAGCUCUGUUUGCUAAUGAUGCCUGUGGCCAGCCAGUCCCUUGGGAGCAUUGCUGUCCAUGGAUUUACUUUGAUGGCAAGCUGUUCCAGAGCAAGCUAAUUAAAGCAGGCCGAGAGCGAGUAUCUCUGGUUGAGCUCUGUGAUGGCCAGGCUGACCUGGCAACCAAAGUGGAAAAGAUGAGACAGAGCAUCCUUGAAGGAGUCAACAUGAAUCAUCCACCGCCUUCUGCUCUACUUCCGUCACCUACUUUUGUGCCUCCCAUGGUGCCCUCUCUCUACCCUGUUUCACUUUAUUCCCGAGCUAUGGGCUCCAUGCCACUUCCCCCUCAAGGGAGGAGCCGGGGAUUUGCAGGUCUGCAUCCAAUCCCACCCCAAGGAGGAAAACUGGAGAUUGCUGGAAUGGUUGUGGGCCAAUGGGCUGGCAGCAGAUCUUCCAGGGGCCGAGGAUCCUUCGGCAUGCAAGUGGUUUCUGUCGGUGGGCCAGGAAAGGGGCAUGGAAAAGAACAGACUGGUAGAGGAUCCAAGGGACACAAAAAAGGAAAUAAGCAAGGCUCUUCAGAUGGAGUUUCUAAAUCCCUGGAGCUUCAUCAAGGUCGGUCUCGCUCCCAGGUAAAUGGAAACAGUGGCGCAUUGAUCAAGGAAGAGAAGAGUGAUCAUCGUCUUCCAGCUCCAUCACAAUGUGCCUUAUCCAGAGACAGCAAUGAGUGUAAUAAUGGUAACCGCUACCUCCCUAUGAAUAAUAGGGAGAAGAACCACUUACAAGAGCAAAAGCUAGAAACCGUGGCACAACGGAAAGAGGACUGACAAGCUGAAGAUGGCUUCACCAAACCAGGAAGAGGGAAAAACUUUUACUUUUCUGAUUUUAGGCCCAAGCUAGAGGAGGAUAUAAAUGCUUACCCUAGAUUUCUCCAGGAUUUUGGUGGGAUGUCCUAUUGUGUCCAUCUUUUCCCCUUCCCUGCCUGUUUCUGGGACUUCAGAUUCAGUGAUCUGUUUCUGGAGAAGUUCUGGUCAAAGAUGAAUGGCAUCUUUGAUGAUCAAAGAUGAAUGGCAGUAAGAAGUUCUGGUCAAAGAUGAAUGGCAGUAAGACUAGCUCCUAGUCUCAAAUUGAAUAUAUAGCACCAAUAGUUUAUCUCCUCUGGGAGCCUAGUAAGGCAGUAGCUGUCAGAAAUUGGGUAUCAUCACAUAAGGUCCUAUAGAAAAGCUCUAGCUUUGGCUUUUCUGAGCAUUUAUAAUGAUACUCAUUAUCACAGACUUAUAUGAUAAACCUCUGAGGUUGUGGGGACAGCUGUGGCUUCCUGAGGUUUUUUUUUUUUUUUCUCUAUGAAGUGGUAUCUACCUCUUCUUCACUCCUUCUUCCAACUUACCUACCCCUGGAUUUUGUACCACCACCUCUAGCUUUGGCCUGACAAUCAGAUAGGUAGAUGUUUUCAGAAAAGUAAGGUAGUAUUGGUUAUUUUAAUUUUUAUUUUUUAUUUUAUACACUUCAAAAAAACUAUCAAUGGCCUUUGUACUGGGGGAUUCAAGUGAAUCAGAAAAGUACUGGGCAGAUUUUUCCUGCCUCUCAACCAGUGCAUUGUUUGUAAAAUAGAAGAUGUGGCACAGUUCAUUCACUCCCUAUUGCCCACACCAUGAAAGGGUGGGAAUCAGUGUAAUGAACUUGAGUACGAAAGGGACUCAAAAGACUGUGUGUGUGUGUGUGUGUGUGGGUGUGUGUGUGAAUGUGUGCUUUGUGUGUGUGGCUGGAUGUUGUGUGGGUGGGUGUAUAUAUGAAUGUGUGUAUAUGCAUACACAUACCCUUUAUAUAAAGAGACAGAUCUAUUUAUCUAUACAUAUUUUAUAUAUAUGUAAGUGUGUGUAUGUGUGUAUAUAUGUGUGUGUAUAUAUAUAUAUACACAUACAUACAUACAUACAUACAUACAUACAUACAUGGUGAUGUCCCAGAGGAUUUACUCAAUUUCCCAGAAAUGCUUCCACUGCUAUGGAGUGGAAGGUUUCAAAAGACCACACUUUAAAUCUGAAAUUCUAACUAAGUCACAGCCCAUCACAAUUAUGAGAAGUUGGAUGGGCUUCUCUAAAUCAGACAAAAAGUACUUUCCAGAAAUUGCCUGUUCAGAACAAUAAACUCUUGGGUUGUUACAAGCUUAAUCUUGAACAGAGCCCUCACAUCCCAUAUGGUGAAAACAGGAGGUUGGAAUGGGAUUGGGAAGAGUUGGGCAUUUCCUUAUGAAAGUUUGGAGAGAAAAGGGGGGAUGGGAGGUGACUACCAUUUGAAAUGGCUUUCAGCCAAUUUGGAGGAAAUCUCUUCUGGAACUCCAGGGUCAAAUUGGUUUCAGGCUAGAAUUGAUUGACAUGAAUCCCUGAAGGAGAGAGGACUAGCUUUGGAAAGAUAGGGUAGGGAAGUGUGAGGAAACUAUUUGAUUUUACACGCCUAGAUUGUUUCAUUUGUUCAUUGACAUUCUGACUACUGGAUCUUUUCAUUUGCUUUGCAAGGAAGACUUUAGAGGACUCUGGCCUGGGCUUUGAGAAGAAUUCUAUUAAAAGAUUCUCAGCCUCCUGUGUGGCCAGGAUCUGCCCAGGAUAAAGAGGCUAUUCCUCCUUGCUGGAGAUAAUCUUUAGACAACCUUGCAUUUCCAGUUUCCCUCCUUGGGCAGCCUAAGUAUGAGGGAGGGAAACAUGGCUUGCAAUAAAUUAGCAUUGUGUCUUCAUUCAGGAACUGAGGCUUCCAGCCUCAUAUACCUACUUUUGGGCUUUGUGAUAUUCUUGCCCAAGAAGUACCAUUUCUACAGAAAUACAACUGACUAAUCUUCUAGCAGGGUUCUUUUUGAAAAACCCCAUGCACCUUAACCCACAGCAGGUCCUUGGUGAUUUUUGCCCAGACAACCCAGAAGGCUAUUUGCUUACUGCCCACUUACAAUGACCAGAUCAUAGGAAAUUGAAGACAGUGUCAGACUAUUUAGUCCUAAUCUGUCCCAGAUUAAGAGAAUCCAUGAUUUUCAGGGGGAGGGAGCCCUGGAAUGCCUUGACCCCUGCCCAGAUACUUCUUACAUAAACCAAAGAAAGAUGACAGGAGUGUACAUCUAACCAGACAGAAGUAGAAACAAAGUAUACAAAAACCUCCUCUUUGGAAUCAGCUCCCCUAAUGUGGUCCCCCUUCUCUUGGACCUGCCCGACCUUUCACAACAUCUUGAAGGCAGGACUUCUAUAUCCAGCAAAGGAAGGGAUAGUAGUAAAUUUACAUGGCUUGGAAUUUUCUUUCUGGAGCCACAGAGGGAUGAAUCCUUUGGAGCUCUAAAAGCAACCAGUAUCACUGAGCUGUGAGAUACCUAUAUCUCCAUUUUCUAAUAGGAAGCACUUGGACUUAAAAUUGCUAAGAUAUUUUUUGCAGUUGCUAUUUCUGUGCAUCUUGAAUCUAUCUGACACAAUCAAAUGACAGUAUUGUUAACUCUCACACCAUUAAGAAAAUUUCUUAUUUUGUAGGCAUUCACUGUGAGAGGUAAAAUUGCUGCUUUGGCAGGGAUGAUUCCAGUUUGCCAAAAGGCUUUUCUUCCUUCCACAACCUCUUUUUCCCCUAGCCUGGGGUGAAACAAGUGGGUCAUCUCCAACCUUGAUUUUUAUUUGGAUUCAGCAUUUUGGGUUUGGAAGGUUACAAGAAAGAACCAUAAAUGGCCAUAUUCCUAGAUUUUUAUUUAUCUGACAAAAUACACAACUUAAAAGCCAGGAAAACUAAGGUUCAUUACUGGGAGAUGAACUUUUUCUUUUUUUUUUUUUUUUUUUUUUGAGACGGAGUCUUUCUCUGUCCCCCAGGCUGGAGUGCAGUGGCGCGAUCUCGGCUCACCGCAACCUCCACCUCCUGGGUUCACGCCAUUCUCCUGCCUCAGCCUCCCAAGUAGCUGGGAAUACAGGCGCCCGCCAACACGCCCGGCUAAUUUUUUGUGUUUUUAGUAGAGACGGGGUUGCACCGUGUUAGCCAGGAUGGUCUCGAUCUCCUGACCUCGUGAUCCCCCUGCCUCAGCCUCCCAAAGUGCUGGGAUUACAGGCUUGAGCCACUGCGCCCAGCUGAGAUGAACUUUUUCCAAUUGGAGGACAAAUUGUGGAAGGUGGGGUCUGAUCUUUGCUUCACCACUUGAAGAGACUGUCAUCCUUCAUCUGAGGUUCCAUUUCUAGCUUUUAUGUGACCUCUCUUGAACAAAGUCAUUUGGGAACCCCCAGAAAUGACCCCUUUACAUUGUAGGACCAUAAGCAAAACACUCUGGUUGUGUAUAGUCACUGAUCCCCAAGGACUUGCAGUUUUUUAUUUCUGCUGGUGUGUCUUGGGAUCAGCUUAUAACUCCUACUCUUACUUAGUCAGUGACCAGUCCAGUCUGGUCUGGACCAGGCCUGACAAACUUCUGCUCACUUGCAUCAUUUUCAUUCUGAGCCAAUAAGACUUUGGGUAGACUUUAAAGCCCAAGAAUUGGUACUUGCUUUGGCUAGUAACAAUUGAUUUUUGUCUCCAUCUUGAUUUCUGACAUCAUUGGCCAAGUCACGUUAACUUUUUUUGAUCACUGAGAAAAACAGUCGAACAAGGCAUUACGGAGGGUGGUUAAGGUAGAGGGUGGGGGGCAGGAAUGCUUAUGUAGGGUAGAAAGAAUGUGGGGGUAGCUGUUUGGUUAUGGUGAUCCAGUCCUUUGGAACCUUACAAGGCUCCUGUGGGCAUGUCAGUGUUACCAUUACAGCCUCUACGACCCACCCACCUUUGAAAAGUCAGUACAAGUAGACCACAGUUUAAAGUAGUUAGUAUAAUUCUACUAAGGUUUAAUCAUUAUACUUGUUCACUUCCUGGUGCAUAUUUCCUAAAUAUGCUUGGGGUUUGGGGUGGGGGGUUGAGUUUUCACUGUUCCAUUGCGUGUCAUCUUAUAUUUUUCUCCAUCCUGUGACUUUGGCAUCUUAUUUGACUUUCUAUUUUCUUUUCCCUUGGCUUAUUGCAGUAGUCUGCUGGUGCAGGUAGAGAGCUCAGUGCACCUACUCCCCUGUUACUGCUAAUUAUCUUGAAUAUUGUCAGAGGUUAUUUUGAUGUUCUAAGAAUAUAAAGUCAUUUUUUUUACAAAAUCACCUUUUCCAAGUUAAAAGCAAAAUAAAAAAAUCCCCUGUGCUAGGGUGCCCAUUUCAGCUUUUGACAUUGCCCCUGUACUUUUAUAAAUGCUCUUUUUGUCCGUGUUGGUAGUAACUAAUGACUAGUGAAUUUUCAUGUAAAUGAAGCAAAAUAAAUAUUUCAGAUUUUA